AUGUUCAACAUUUUUUUAUCUAAAGAGGAGAACCGCAAGUUGCACUAUUAUCCUCCGAAGAAUUUUGUCCAGCUGGAUAUUCAGCCCGACUUGAACCUCAUGGAACUGCCGUAUAUGACAGGGGGUUGUCAUAGAAGCGUGAAUUUCAGCAACAAAGCAGAUAUUGGGUUCUUUCGUUUAUUUUUCAAUCGUAACAUCGAGUCUAAUAUUGCAUAUAGAAAUUCCACAUUUACUUUCGAAUCGAUCAGUACACCAAAACACCCAGGAGGUGGGAUCCUGGUUUUGCCCAAAGGCUGCUCCAAGCAUUCAUUAUCCGAUCGGCUUAUGAAUGUAGGCAGUAACCUCCGAAAUGGAUACCUUGCUACCUUUGUAGACUCGUGGUACGAACCUGACAACUAUGAAGAUGGCGCUCCAGUCUACGAAAAUGGUUCUUUGGCCCUCAUACACACUUCCUACUAUCAAACCAACGUUUGGUCUGCUGCAGUUCUACGCCAAAAGAAGCACCGCCCCGGCCAAUCAUACGCGAAAUUGACAUGUAUCGACCCAGGAGCUCAGAUUUACAGCUGGGAAUGGGACAGUCAUUCCAUGGAGACUAACAUAGGUUCGUCAAGCAAAAAUGUGGGCGACAUCAAAUGCACUGUGGCAGUGCAGGUACUAUCUCUGCACCGUCAAGGAAGGCUUAGCCGCUUCAAGGAUUCUUUCGCUCGCCUUCUACGUACAGAAUAG